CCACCUCAGGGUGCUACCAGCAUGCCCAGAACAGCAUCCCCACCCCACACUGCUACCGUCGUCCCCAGUACAUGCAUCCCCCACCCCACUGUGAGCAACGCCCACAAGCACCUCCCGGGAACCCCGCACAAAGGGACACCCCAGGGCCUCUCUUAGGAAAAUCUCAUUCCCUAACUAUGGCACCAACUCGUCUUGAGAGGACAAAAUUGCAUCAAGUUCCUUAAGACAGACAGACACAUAGAUAGACAGACACCUUCUUGACAUUGUAUACUGCAUAGCCAUGGUUCAGUCAGCAUGACUAAAGGACCCCAGCUCAUUGCAAGGCAGAGAAGGACAGCCCCCACCCUGAAGAGAAGAGGAUAGCCCUGGACUACCCACAUCACACCAGCACCCCAGCCCCUCCGACACCUCUGUGAAACCCUCCCCUUACCUGGCAUGAGAGAUAAGGAACUGCAGCAAGACCGACUACAGGGACGUCUGGUUCAAGAAAGAAGCAGAUGGAUGGCAACACCACAGAAUUAGGGUUGCUUUGCAGAACAGCAGUGUGACUGUCUGGCUGUUAAGUAGUGGUUGGUCAAAUCAUGUUGCACCUGAAUGCCUGAAAAGUAUAAGAACCAUGUGUCAAACCGCAUUCGGGGUGCCCCAGUUUGAAUGGGACAGCUCACGUGCAUGAAUGCAAGAACUCCUCUUGCAGUGCUAUACUUUGCAUCCCAGGCUCUCUCCUCGGUCGGCACGGGCCAGCUGCCAAAUUGUCGCGGCAGCUCCCCAUCAUGGCUGCACGGUACCAGCACUGGCACCGGUUCCACCACAGUUGGGAGAAGCAGUUGCCCCCCUGGGGCACAUCCCAAAAGCGCUCCAGCCCCCCCCAUCCCCACCACUGGGGCAGGAUGGGGCAGCACGCACGUCAGCAUUGCAGGGCCACCGGUGCUGGGCCCAUGCCUUCCCCUUGGACAGGAAAUUCACCUCCCCCCAAAAAUCAUGCUUGGGAUGGGAAACCAUUGGGAUAGGAAAGCAUCGUGGGGCUGAGAAAUCAUCACUGGGAUGGGAAACCAUUGUGGGGAUGGGAAACCAUCAUCAGCAGGAUAGGAAAUCAUUGAGGUGGGAAGUUGUACGAAAAACCAAACCCUUGCAAGGCUGGCUGACGCAGGUGCUGGCGGAUUGAUUGCCAUGGGGACGGAGGCUGUUUGCCCCCAACAAACCCCACACUGACCAACCGCCAUGGCAGGUACAGCAGCAGGCUCCCACUCCUCCUGGUGCUCCUGCCCUCCAGAUAACCCCCCAGCCAGCUCUGCCCGCCAAGAUCUCACCCCAUCGCCCCUCUUUGCUUCCCCCAACACAGAGCUUCCCUCUCCGGCUGCCGAUGGCAUCAGAGGUGCCCGGUGUGAGCUUUGCCAUUCCAGCCAUGCCACCACCGGUCACUGCCUGUGUGUUUCCCUCUGUCCCAGGGCUGCCAGUGUCCUCUAAGCCUGCCCAGGUCCACCCCAUUACCUACCAGCUGGCGCAGGCCAGCACAUGGCAUGGGGUGCCAGGGCCCCUGGGGGCCCUGGGGCAGCUGGUGCAGCUCCCCUGUGGGGUGCAGCUCCCCCCCGUGGUGCAGCCUCCCUGCGGGGUGCAGCUCCUCCCCAUGGCUGCUCCCUCUCCCACUGCCUACGGGUGGGGACAGCAGCUGGUGACAGGGAUGCUGGUGCCACACCAGCCGAUGGGGCUGGGGCCGGGGACCGUGGUCCAGGGGGAGCCCCCGUACCCCACGGGCUCCUCAGUGCUGCAUGUCCCUGCACGCCCUGCCACCCCACCGCCCCAUGGACCAACAUUGGGUGCAGGGCCCCCCUGUGCUCCACACCCUGCCCGGCAGUGCCCAGAAGCCAUCAGAGACCUCCAACAAGGACGGGGCGGCCAUCGAGGACAGCGUCCCUGCUGCCAGCCCCCACCACCCUGCCCUGCCUCCAACGACCAGCAGAACCAUGACAACGCCCAAAGCCUCGCCAGCACCGCUUUCCUCAAUGACUUCCACAACUUCUCGCAGUACGUGGAGGACGGUGGCUGCCCUCAGGACAAAGCGGUGGUGGCACGGCUACAGGACAGCGAGGACACCAUCUUGAUCGCCAGUGUCCCCAACUUGACCAAACAGGUCCUCGAUGAGCUCCCCGACCUCUCUGAGUACAUGGCGGAGGGCAGCUGCCCCAAGAGCAAGCGGUGGUGGUGGGGCUGGGGGACGGCGAGGGCACCGUCCCACGUGCCCCCAACAUCCCCGACUUGA